UUUGGGAAAGUAAGCCGUUCGAAUUUAAAAAGCCAAGAACGGGACGGAAGGUUACAAUCGAAUCGAGCGCUGCCGUAAUUUUUGACGCGUUCGGAAAUCGAAUUAAGAGCGUUAGAGUGAGAGGUGCGCGGAGGCUCGAGUCCGUGAAGGCAGUUCUUGUUAUUGUUUGGAGCGGUGAUUUUUUUUCCGAGGCGUGCGAAUGGGAGUGGGCGCCAGUGGGCGCGUCGGGCACCCAGCGCGCUCUUCAGUGUUCUGGCUGAGCUUCGAGUGAGCGCGUGCUUGCCUAGUGCGUCCGUGCCGAAGGUAUAGGUCUCGGUUCCAGUGUCGGACAGAUAAGACGAGGUCUGAGUGUCGUGGUCUGGCCGCAUGUUAUCAUGUUGAUAUCGGCGGGCAGCGGCCCCACGCCAGAGUUCUCCCCCGCCUCGUGCUGCGCGCCCUGGAAGAUGGAGCCGGCGCCGCCCGCGCCCGCUGCCAUGCCACAACCCCUCAACAUAUCACCCAAUGUACCAGUGUCACCGUCGUCGUCGGGAGGCACCGGUGGCUCCGGGACCCCGCUGUACCCGCCGUCGCACCCCCUCUCCUCCCUGCUGUCGCAGCAGCGGUUGCUCGAGCUGUCGCGCUUCGGCCUGCGACACUACGACAUCGCGCACCACGUGCUGUCACAGCAAGGUGCUGUUACCAAGUUGCUUGGAACCCUUCGACCACCGGGGCUCAUCGGAGGAAGCAAGCCAAAGGUGGCCACGCCGGCCGUCGUCUCUAAGAUCGAACAGUACAAGCGGGAAAACCCCACCAUCUUCGCUUGGGAGAUUCGGGAGCGGCUCAUCUCUGAAGGCGUAUGCACCAACGCAACUGCUCCAAGCGUGUCCUCGAUCAACAGGAUACUGAGGAACCGGGCCGCGGAGCGUGCGGCGGCGGAGUUCGCUCGGGCCGCCGGCUACGGGCUGUACGCCGCGCCGCCACCCUACGGCGCCUUCCCCUGGGCCGGCGGCGGCGGCGUGUGGCCCCCGGGCUCGCUGCCGCUGCCGCCCGGCGUGCCGCCGCCUUCAGGGGUACCGCAUCCUGACAUGCAACAUGGCUUCUUGUCUUCUUCCGGGCGAGGACUAAUAGAUGUCGAUGGCGAUGACUCCGGUUCGCUUGACGGGGAACAACCAAAGUUUAGAAGAAAUCGCACCACCUUCAGUCCAGACCAGCUUGAAGAACUAGAAAAAGAAUUCGAGAAAUCUCAUUACCCGUGCGUCUCAACGAGGGAACGCCUCGCUUCCAAGACGUCAUUGUCGGAGGCGCGAGUCCAGGUUUGGUUUUCCAACAGACGAGCCAAGUGGAGACGCCAUCAGCGCAUGAAUCUCCUCAAGCGCGGUGGCGGCUCGCCCGCACACCGCCUGCCCCACUCCCCGUCCCCCUCCCGCUCCCGUUCGCGUUCUUUGUCCCCCGCGCGCGCCCCCUAUCACACGCCCCAGAUGGGCGGCGAGAAUAGUGCUUUCAAGUCACUCUCCCAUCAAGAUACGGCUCUGAAGGCUCUGUCCCACCAGGCUCAGUUCGAUAGCAACGCACUGAAAGCGCUGUCGCAACAUACGUACGAGAGCGGUGCGUUCAAACCGCACCCAGGGCUAGAUAAUAGCGCGUUCAAAGCGCUUGUCCCGCAUUCGGCGGCGGCUGCGUUGCUGGCGGCGCAGUCGAUACACCUAGCUCGCGGAUACGAGUCGCAUUCGGACACGGACGAGGAGAUCAAUGUGCACGACGAGAGUGACGAUGAGGCUGAUAGACACCACAGCAGGGCGCGGUCGCGCUCGCGGAGCCCCGCGCGGCCGCGCCCUCAGCCGCCCAGCGAUCUGCCUCUGCAACUCACCAAGCACGACCGUUGACGACUAUUAUUCAGUAUUACAGGGCUC